AUGCUUAUGGCCCUCAGCCAUGGGCUGUCUCCGCCGGACAAAAAAAGGCCUAUUUCCGCCGCCGCAGAUAAUAAAAAACGCUUCCGAACAAAGUUCACUAAUGAUCAGAAAGACAAAAUGCUGGAAUUUGCUAGCAAAAUCGAGUGGAAUAUGCAGAAAAAAGACGAAAAUGUGAUCACAGAUUUCUGCAGCGAAAUUGGUGUAAACAGAGAUGUCUUCAAAGUGUGGAUGCAUAACCAUAAGAACACUUCUGGCAGUACAAGUGGUACUAUAUUUAACGCCCUCACCACCGCCUCCGUUGCCGUGCACAGCCACCACCAAGACGGCAACAACCUCCACAACGGUAAAGAUUUGGAUCAGCGCCACCUUCAAGAAAAUAGUGGUAGUAGUGGCCAUGAUCUUGGUACUAAUGGGUCGCCGUCUUCUUAA